CAUUUGUGUAUAUAUAUAUGCGCCAUGCCAGUUGCCAGAUUUAAUAAGUAUCCCUAUAAAUACAUGAGCUGAUCAAUCAAUCUAUUUACAACAAUUUUCGAGUGAAGAUGCAGAAUUACGAAGUUGUGAAGGAGUUGGGAUCUGGUAAUUUUGGUGUGGCCAGGCUGAUGAGGCACAAAGAAACAAAACAGCUUGUUGCCAUGAAAUACAUUGAGCGAGGGCGUAAGAUUGAUGAGAAUGUUGCGAGAGAAAUCAUAAAUCACAGAUCAUUGAGACAUCCAAAUAUUAUUCGUUUCAAAGAGGUGCUAUUAACAUCAACACAUUUGGGCAUAGUAAUGGAGUAUGCAGCUGGUGGUGAACUGUUUGAUCGCAUCUGUCAAGCAGGGAGAUUCAGUGAACCCGAAGCUCGAUACUUUUUUCAACAGUUGAUCUCUGGAGUCCAUUACUGCCAUAACAUGCAAAUCUGUCACAGAGAUCUGAAAUUGGAAAACACACUGUUAGAUGGAAGUCCAGCACCUCGUCUUAAAAUUUGUGACUUUGGGUACUCAAAGUCAUCUGUGUUGCAUUCACGUCCCAAGUCAACUGUUGGAACACCAGCCUAUAUUGCACCAGAGGUUCUAUCGCGCCGUGAAUAUGAUGGCAAGUCUGCAGAUGUAUGGUCAUGUGGAGUGACUUUAUAUGUCAUGUUGGUGGGAGGAUAUCCUUUUGAAGAUGUAGAUGAUCCCAAGAAUUUCAGAAAAACUAUUUCAAGAAUAAUGGGCGUUCAAUACAAAAUCCCAGACUACGUCCAUAUAUCUCAUGAUUGCAAACACCUUCUUUCUCGCAUUUUUGUCGCCAGUCCUGCCAGGAGAAUCACACUAAAAGAGAUCAAGAAUCAUCCAUGGUUUUUGAAGAGCUUGCCAAAAGAACUUACAGAAACAGCUCAAGCAGUGUAUUACAAAAGAGACAAUCCAACAUUCUCCAUUCAGAGCAUUGAGGAGAUCAUGAAAAUUGUAUCAGAGGCAAGAAAUCCAGCACCUCCAUCAAGGCCUGUUCCGCACUUUGGAUGGGGAACUGAAGAAGAAGAAGAAGAAGAAGUAGAAGAAGAAGAAGAAGAAGAAGAGGACGAGUAUGACAAACAAGUUAAGCAAGUUCAUGCAAGUGGAGAGUUCCAUAUCACACAUGAUGAUGCUUAAGUUCACCAUUUCUGAUUUUCAUCUUCUGUACAACUAAUAACAGCACUUGGCCUGUUUCCUACCAUCAACAAACUUAACAAAUAUAUUACUAGUAUUCCUUCCUUGUAUUGAGAUUGCAGAUCAAAUGCUUCUAUCUGAAAGCCUAAUGGAAGGAUAUAUGCAUACUUCUUUCUAAGAAGACAUUAUACUUAA